AUGAAGCAAAAGGUACUCGAUAACCAACGCAAGCUUGCCGAAUCAGUCCCGCACGUUACCGAGUACUUCAAGAAGCUCCACGAGACGAUUGCCUCGUACGGGAUUAACCCGGCUGAUAUCUGGAAUAUGGACGAGACGGGCUUCCGUAUUGGUAUUGGAAAACAGGAGUCGGCAACAGCCGUUGAAGCGAUUUCUGCCGAUGGUCGAUACAUCCCUGCGUUUUUGAUCCUAUCCGGCAAGGUCCACCUCGAACAGUGGUACGGCAUCAAGGAGCUAGAUGGCGAUACCCUUAUUGGUGUUACGGAAACGGGAUUUACGAACGAUCAGCUCAAUCUGCCGUGGAUUCAACAUUUCGAUAAGCAUGCAAAGAGCAAAGGUGCUUGGAGGCUAUUGCUCCUUGACGGCCACGGCUCCCACCAUACCCUUGACCUUAUCGAGUACGCUGAAGCCCAUAAUUCAGCCCGAAGGGCGUUCUACUCAGUUUCACACAUCACCUCCGCGGCCGACCUACCUCUCAAUAUUCCCCGGUUACCUUACCUCCAGAUGGAGAACGAUACACCCCAGGCGGUCCGCAACUGCCGUACCUGCAAGCAAGACCUGCCCGAAGUCGAGUUUCGAAGCGUCAAGGACCCUACAAAGUUCACAACAGAGUGUGCUAACUGUAGGAGUCAUUGCCGCGGCCGUUAUACACGUCAAGUCAACAUGAACCCCCGGCCACGGCCACAGCCUCAAGAGCGACAGUUCGAUCAGAUGGUUGAUCCGCCCUUUACAGGGGACCUUAACUUGCCUGCCCUUAGUGAGGAGGAUCGGGCUCUUGUGCAGGAGUUCUAUACUGCCCUGAAUGACGACAAGGUGCAUAGUUGCAUUCGCUGCCAGGAGCGUUGGUUCGAUAUGAAGCGAAAUAGCUCGAAAAUCUGCAGUCGCUGCAUUGGCCGAGACAGGAAGAAAGCCCUCGACGAGCCCUACUUCUUUAGCGCUGCGAAUAACCUUGAUUUUGGGGAAGUCCCCGCCAAUCUACCUGAUCUAACGAUGGUCGAGGAGAUGCUCAUCGCUAGGGUUCACGUACAUGUGAAAGUCUUGCAGGUGCGUGGCGCUCAAUACAAAUAUCGCGGUCACGUUGUCCACUUCCUUCGCAAUGUUGGCAGGCUCUUUGAAGAGCUCCCAGUCCUACCUGAAGAGCUAGAUAUCGUCCUCCUGCGGCCUCCUAAUGUGGAGGGCGACCUCGCUUUCGGCAACAGUUUGCUCGCGAUUUCCGGCAUAGUUGCUUCCAUUGCCAGCCAAGUGGCUGACAUAGCUGACGGCGAGGUCCCCCAAGGUCCCGUUGAGGAGGUUGUGGAAGAGGACCCUAGCGAUGCCGAUGCAUCAGCGAUCCCGAAUUUGCAGGUCACUGAUACCGAAUUGAACGCUCUGCACGCGCAGACUCACCACCAGAUGCCACUGCCUUCCAUUCGCAGGACCCCUAUCGACGAAUUCAACCGUUCCCAGCCGCUGUUAACGCUCGCGUUCCCUACCCUCUACCCUGACGGCAAGGCCGACUUCGUGGAGCUUCGCUUACGGAGCAUCACGUAUCAGGACUACCUUGGCCAUGCGAUGAGAUGGCAUGACGGACGUUUUGCCCGCCAUAAGACGUGGCCUUUCGUCGCCCUCAAUACGAUGUUACAGGGAGCGAUGGCUGAGCCUGACGAGCCGGAGGCUCAGGCGCUGAUCCAGUCAAUCACGCGCCAAGCCGCGGUAAUCAGGGGCACCCGGCCGUAUUGGUAUAAGCAAAGGAAGGAAUUGGAAGCAUAUGCCAUAAUCUAG